AUGCCAUUCUCUUCCCAAAAUGGCACGCUCUUCGAGCAAAACAGCCAGCAGUUUGACUUCAACAUGGACUUUGAGCAAGUUUUCUUCUCCAUCAUCCCGUCUGCCCUCUUCGUGGUACCAGCAUUGUGGAGAACCUUGUCCCUUGCUCGGAAGCCCACCAUCGUCAAAACUUCCGUCUUUCGACUUGUCAAAGUGGGUAUUAUUACAGCGUACGCCCUUCUUCAAAUUGCGCUCGUCAUCCUGGCCGCCACAGGUCACUUUCAGGCCACGGCCAUGUUCAUAGCGACCUCGGUCCUCAAGCUACUAGCGGCAGUUGCCAUGCUGCCUCUGAGCGUCGUUGAGCACACUCGAACUCCUCGGCCGUCCAUGCUGCUGAUGGGCUACUUAAUCCUAACGCUUCUCCUCGACGUUUCCCAGUCCAGGACGCUCUACCUGUCAUCCGCCGUGUAUAUGGAGCGCACCUAUAGCAACCUCUUUACUGCCGCUGUGGCCGUCAAAGCUGUCGUACUGCUCCUAGAAUCCCAGCAAAAGUCUAAAUGGGUUCACUGGGACAAAAAUAAGCAUAGCCCAGAGGAAACAAGUGGCAUCUUGUCCCUUGGUGUCUUCUUCUGGCUCAACCGCUUGUUCCUGACUGGAUAUAACAAGGUUCUCUCAAUCAAUGAUUUGUACCCCCUAGACGGCGCCAUGGACCCAACAAGACUCCACGAGAAAUUUUCUCGACAUCUGGAUAUGGCCAAGAUAAAGGGCGACACGUUUGGUCUCACCAAGGUCCUUAUGCGCACACUUAUAGGACCUCUCCUCCUUCCUAUUAUCCCGCGUUUCGCCCUCCUCGGCUUUUCCUUUGCUCAGCCGCUUUUUAUCGAGGGGCUCCUCGACUACCUCUCGCAGGAUGAGCGUAACAAUAACAUUGGCUACGGCUUCAUUGGCGCUAGCUUUUUUAUCUACUCCGGAAUUGUAAUUAGCUGGGCUUUUCAUCGAUAUUAUCACCAUCGUAUGCGCACUAUGCUAAGAUCCAUCCUCGUCACUGAGACGUUCAUCACGGCCACAAAAGCUCGCAUCGGAACCGGUGACGACAGCGCUGCGCUCACCCUAAUGAGCACCGAUAUCGAGCGAAUUAGAAUAGGCUUCCGACAACUACACGAUAUUUGGGCAAGUCUGAUUCAAGUAGCCCUAUGCGCGUGGAUGUUAUAUCGUCGACUCGGCGUUGUCUUUGUCGCCCCUAUCGGCGUGGUGGUUCUCUGCUUCUUUGGCCUCACUAUUCUUAUGAAGUUUAUUGGAACGGCGCAGAGGAGAUGGAUGUCCCUAGUCCAAAAGCGCGUUGGUCUAACGGCUACUGUCAUUGCUAACAUGAAGAACUUGAAGAUAUCUGGGCUCUCAUCGUCUAUGAAUAUAUUUCUGCAAAGUCUCCGCGUCGAGGAGCUUACGGCGGGAGUCCGAUACCGUAAGAUCUAUAUCGGGGCGGCUCUACUUGGCUUUAUUCCGCUACUUAUCAGCCCUGCCCUCACAUUUGCCUUUGCGCAGAGUCAAUUAUACUCGUCAAAGGUGUUCACAAGUCUUUCUUUCCUAACCCUCAUGACUCAGCCCCUAUCGCAGAUUUUUCAGACUAUUCCCGAAGUCAUCUCCGGCCUAGCUUGCAUUGGCCGAAUUCAGGCCUUUAUGGAGUGCGAGAGUCGUGAAGACUUCCGUAAAGUGGAGGCCUCUUUCGGUUCCGAAAAGGACUCUGUGAAUCGCAAGCCACCAUCUGAAUCCGAAGUGGUCAUCAAAAAUGGAAGUUUCGGCUGGAAACACAACAAAUUUGUCCUACAAGAUAUCAAUGUCAAGGUACCAAAGUCGUCACUUACCCUCAUAGUCGGACCCAUUGGCUCGGGCAAGUCUACACUUUGCAAGGCGGUACUCGGAGAGAUUCCUUUUCAUCAAGGUGAAAUAACGCUGCGUACAAGGGCUUCGUACGUCGGAUUUUGCGAUCAAACUACGUUUGUAUUAAAUGGAACCAUCAAGGACAAUAUUAUAGGCUUCUCUUCGGUAAACGAGGACCGAUAUGCUGAGGUCGUUGAGGCAACAGCUCUCGCCUUUGACUUUAAAACCCUACCACAAGGAGAUGAGACAAACGUGGGUUCCGACGGUAUAUCCCUAUCUGGAGGCCAGAAGCAGCGAAUUUCCCUAGCACGCGCCCUAUACCUACAGGCCAACUUACUUAUUCUCGACGACGUCUUUAGCGGCUUGGAUGCGGACACCGAAGAACAAGUCUUCCGCAAAGUCUUUGCACCAGAAGGACUGUUGAAACGCCGUCAAGCCACCGUUCUGCUAUGCACACACAGCGUUCGGCACCUACAGGCGGCAGACUACGUCAUUGCCCUUGGAAACGGUAGCGUUAGUGAGCAAGGCACAUUUGACGCACUGAUGGCUGGUGAUGGCUACGUCCACCGUCUGGGGUUGAAGGGCUUGUCCGAAAGCGAGACAACGUCUGAGGAAUCGAUCAUCGAAAACAACGCACAAGAAUCUUUGUCCCCGGUGGUCAAGCUAAAACGGGCCAAGCUUGCUGUUGCCCCCAAUUUGGAUACGUCCCGGCAAGUUGGAGAUGGCACUGUCUACAAGCAGUACAUGAAGAGCAUGGGAUGGCUGCUCGCAGGGUCUGCCGUUUUCUUUGCUUCGCUCUGGGGUUUCUUCUUAAAUUUUUCCACCAUCUGGCUCACGUACUGGGUUGAGGACGCACAAUCGCAACGCCCAAAGCACCAUUCCGCUUACUGGGCCGGAAUAUACGCGCUGCUUCAAAUCGGUGCCUUGAUCUCGCUCUUCCUACUUGGCGCCUCCAUUUGGAUUGUCUCCACCAAACGCGCUGGCGCAAACCUACACAUGGAUAUCUUGAAUACGCUGGUCCGAGCACCACUCCGUUUCUUCACUGAAACUGACAUUGGUGUCACAACAAACUUGUUUUCGCAAGAUUUGAAUCUCAUUGAUACGGAGCUGCCGGAUGCUACGGUCAGCACGCUCUUUUCGAUCACCCAAGUUGUCGGGCAAAUGGCUGUUAUGCUGACGGCCUCUCCCUAUUUGGCCAUCACCUUCCCCUUCCUCGCCGCCCUGUUGUACGUGCUACAAAAGUUUUACCUGCGCACUUCAAGGCAACUUCGAUUGCUCGAUCUGGAAGCCAAGAGCCCGCUAUACACGCACUUUCUUGACAUUGUUAGAGGCAUCACAACUUUGCGGGCAUUCGGCUUUAUCCGCGAAGAUAUCCAAAAGAAUGCCUGUCUUCUCACCUCGAGCCAGCGACCUUCGUAUCUCCUUCUCAUGAUACAGGAAUGGCUGAAUGUCGUACUCGAUGUGGUAGUCAUGCUGUUGGCAGUAGGGUUGACAACGUUUGCCGUGCGCUUCCAUUCCAACUCUGCUCUCACUGGUGCUGCUCUAUAUAGUCUUUUGAGCUUUGGAGAGAACCUCGCUGGUAUUGUUCUAUUUUGGACUAAGCUUGAAAGCUCGCUUGGCGCGAUUGCCAGACUCAAGACAUUCAAUGAGACGACCAAGCCUGAAGACACAGAUGGAGAGGACAUUGACGUACCCGAACAGUGGCCUCAACGCGGCGUGGUGGAAUUAAAGGGCGUUUCGGCAAAAUAUGCCGCCAAAGAUCGGGAAACGAGCCUUGCUCUCCACGAUAUUCAGCUAACUAUUGGCUCUGGAGAAAAGAUUGCUAUUUGUGGUCGCACUGGCAGCGGCAAAUCCAGCCUCGUUGCUCUACUUCUCAAGCUCCUCGAUCCAAUAUCCACCACAGCGGAGAACGUUACGAUUGACGACCUGCCGCUUCAUCGGCUGAACCGAUCCGUGCUACGCCAACGUAUCAUUGCAGUGCCUCAAGAAGCCGUCUUCUUGCCCGAUGGGUCUACGGUUCAGAACAACCUUGACAUUGCCGAGGAGGCCACCCCCGAGGAGUGCAAGGCCGUUCUUGAAUCCAUCGGCUUAUGGGACUUUGUCAAGGAACGAGCCGGCUUGGCCGCAAGGAUGAACGCCUCGAGCUUUAGUGCUGGACAGCGGCAGCUGCUCUCGUUUGGCCGAGCCCUUCUCAGGCGCUCCGUUCGAGAGCGCAAGUUUGGGGCCACUGGACAGCUGGGCGGCAUCCUAAUUCUGGACGAAGUGAGCUCAAGCGUGGAUCAAGCGACGGAACGCAUCAUGCAGGGCAAUAUUAGGACUGAGUUCAAGGACUACACGGUGAUCAUGGUUAGCCAUCGAUUGGAUAUGAUUAUGGACUUUGACAGGGUGGUGGUUAUGGACACCGGCGAGAUUGUGGAGGUGGGCAAGCCAGCCGUGUUGGCGCAACAGGCUGGAACUAGGUUUGGUGAUCUGAUAAGAGCAGGAAACAAGUAA